AGAGACCGGGAAAGGGGGAGGCCCUCUAACUGGCAGGUUUAGGAUGCUGGCGAGGUCCAAGGCGAGAAGGAUCUGGACCGUGUUUCCGGGGGACGGGGCCUUAUACUGGCCCCCGAACGAGCUUGUCAACCUCCUUGGGCUAUGGAUUCCGACUCCUGAGUCAGAACUCCUGCUUCCUAUGCAGCCAAGACACAACGCGGGUUUCUGUUCCCAGACGAGCCUGGGUUCCUGAGGAGGAGGGAACGGCGGUGCCCUCGUCCCCCAAGCCUUCGGGAAACGAAGUGUUAAGGCAGGUGGCGCCGCAGAAGCCCCCGGCGCCGCUAGAGGGACCAACACGGCAUCAUCGCGGACGGCUUCGCGGUCACGUGGGAGCGAGGGCGGGACCAAACGAGAGGCCGGCCAAUAGGCUGCGCUGUCGGUGGGCGUGAUAGCCAAUAGGAGCAGGGAGAGGGGGUCCCGGGACUAGGAAGAAACGGCGGCCGGGAGGGGGCUACAGGUACCAUGGGGCUUCUGACCAUUCUGAAGAAGAUGAAGCAGAAAGAGCGGGAGCUGCGACUCCUCAUGCUCGGCCUGGACAACGCUGGCAAAACGACCAUCCUCAAGAAGUUCAAUGGCGAAGACAUUGACACCAUCUCCCCGACGCUGGGCUUCAACAUCAAGACGCUGGAGCACCGAGGAUUCAAGCUGAACAUCUGGGAUGUGGGUGGCCAGAAGUCCCUGCGGUCCUACUGGCGGAACUACUUCGAGAGCACGGACGGCCUCAUCUGGGUGGUGGACAGCGCCGACCGCCAGCGCAUGCAGGACUGCCAGCGGGAGCUCCAGAGCCUGCUGGUGGAGGAGCGCCUGGCCGGAGCCACCCUGCUCAUCUUUGCCAACAAGCAAGACCUGCCCGGAGCACUGUCCUCUAACGCCAUCCGUGAGGCCCUGGAGCUGGACUCCAUCCACAGCCACCACUGGUGCAUCCAGGGCUGUAGCGCCGUCACCGGCGAGAACCUCCUACUCGGCAUUGACUGGCUCCUGGAUGACAUUUCCAGCCGCAUCUUCACGGCCGACUGAAGCACUCCAGAUGCCCCCCACCUCACAGUCCAGCCCCCCCACCCCCCACCCUGCCCUCGUCAGGCACCAUCCAUGGGGAAACGGGAGUCAGCCAGCCUGACGAACAGCCCUGACCCCACUCCGUAACCUGCUGUUGCUGCUAAUGCCGCCCACUGCUUCUCUGUGGCCAGCCGGCUCCCGUGGCUGGAGGGCUGCCGCCCCGGCUUCGCCCUGGCUCCCGACCCAGCCCGCCUGCAGCUGCCAUAGCGAGAGAAGAGGGCUGGGGCUGGGAGGGGGCUGCCUCUGCUGCUACCAAGGCUGUGGGCCUGAUCCUUUGCUCAGCUGUGAGAAUAAACCGUUCCUUGUCCCAAUU